AACAUAAAGACAUGUAGAAGGAAAUAACUCAUCAGUUUCAACUUUCAACUUUCAAUUGUACAUCCACUACAAAGACUUCUCAUCUCAAAUCACCAAAAGAAAAUGGCUUACCACACUCGCUCUAACAGCUUCCCCUCCAGGCCACACCCCAUCCUUCAAGAAGUUGAUGAACAUUUGUGCAGACUGAGGUCUGCCGAAGCCACAUCCACAUCUUCAUCAUCAAUAAGCCACAAACUAAGUGGUCUCCAAGACCUUCAUGAGUGUGUUGAUAGGUUGCUUCAGUUGCCUCUCAAUCAACAAGCCUUGGCACAAGAGCAACAUCAGAAAUGGGCAAACGAGCUAUUAGAUGGCUCUCUUCAGCUUUUGGAUGUCUGCAGCGUUGCCAAGGAUGCCCUUUCACAAACCAAGGAGUGCAUACAAGACCUUCAAUCAAUCAUUCGAAGAAGGCAUGGAGAUGAAUCUGCAGUGCUCCCAAGCGAGGCUAGGAAAUACUUAACCUCCAGGAAGACACUUAAAAAGGUACUCCACAAGGCUUUGGACAACUUGAAGGCAACAGCAAGCAGAUCCGCUUUCUCUUCCAUCCACAAGGAAGACGUCACCAUUGUUAACAAGCUGAGAGAGGUUGAAGGAUUCACUGCCUCAGCCUUUGAAUCAGUGCUGUCCUUCAUCUCUGGGCCAAAGUCCAAGCCUAGCAGCUGGUCUUUGGUUUCCAAGAUAGUCCAAUCAAAGAAAGUAGCUUGUGAGGAAGACACAAAAGUAAAUGAAUUCGCCGAGGUGGAUGCUGCAGUAAAGUCACUGAAGAGUGCACACAUCCAGCUUAACAAUCUGGAGUCAUGCAUUCAAGACCAAGAAGAAGCACUUGACAGUCUAUUUAGGCAAUUAAUCAAAACUAGAGUCUCUCUUCUGAAUAUCCUAAGCCAUUAGAUAUUGGCUUCUAGAUCAACUUUGUACAUGAUAGACAUACAUACAUAAUGAGAUAUACUUCUUUUGCUCAUUUUAUUUGAACAUAUCCCCUUUCACUUCAAUUUUAUUUGAACACUCACAAGAUGCGAAUGAAUGAACUUCGAGUGAAAAGAAUUUGAAAAAUUAGUAUGCCCUCAAAAAGAGAACUGUAAAUUGUAAACGCUCAGUAUUAACUGUGAAUCUAGAUGGUAGAUUAGAGGAUUUUUCAUUAUUCAGAUUGAAACUAUCACAUGGAGUUUCUGCAAGCAAAUAUAAAUAGACAAGGCUGUUAAGAUUCUAAGUGUCUGAAGGAAGAUAAUCAAUAAAUCAUAACAAAUUAUAUAUAAAGCAAAGGAGACAUUAUUUUCACAUGCAUUAACGUAUUUAGCAAAAAACAGAUGCUUCUUGUUUUCUGUUUGAGGGACAAUUUCUGAAAUAAGUUAAAGAAUCAAAAUGAAAUAUUCAGAAGGUUUCAUAACACACUUACACUUCAUAUCAAUUAACUAUUUCAUGAGAAGUGGCUUCAUUUAUGCCUUAAUUAUAGAUUUGAUAACUAAAUCGCAGAGGCAAUUUAUCAUAAAAAAAAAUUAAAUAAACAGGAGAGAAAAUAAUACAGAUGGGUGAGUAACAUACUUGUAUUUUCUUGGAAAUGAGAAAAAUAUGUAUGUCAUUCCACUAGUGCUUUGCUUAAUUUAGCACAAUAUUUUUUUCAAAAUAUACAACAUUGGAUCAUGUAGCAUUCCAAAUGUUUAGUUAUACUGGUGCCAGAGAUGGGGAACACUACAAAAUCAUACUCAGAUAACAAUUUGAAAGAAAGUGAAUUGUCUUACCUUUUAGAAUCGGAGAGGGGUGGGAGGAGGACUUGUUUCUCCCCAUCAGACAUUUGUAAAAUAUGGAGAUGCUGAAUGCCGAAGGUAAAUCAGUAGC